GAGGGUGAGAGAAACGGAUGGGACUGUAGGUAUCCGCGAAUUGGAGAAGGGGUGCUAAUCGGACUACACUAUAAGCAAAGCCUGUUGCUGCAGUCACAUUUCAAAAUCCGUUGUUGCGAUAAGUUGCUCGUUCGAAUAAAAAAAAAUUCGAUUGUGUGUUAACAGGAUUUAAGUAUUAGAAAAAAGUUAGUGAUGUGCUGUGAAUUUCAAUCCAAAGAUUAUGGAUAAGCUGACUAAUUGGACCCGUGGUAUAAAUAUAUCAUUAUCAACACCAAUACCAGGGCAAAAUUGUGUUUCAAAUUUGUCAACACCUUCAAUUUUAGACAAAUUACUAAUCAUUACUCCAUCAAUCACAUCAAUACAUCAAGAGCUAAAAUGGAUUUUUCUUUUACAUACAUAUGGUUUUGCCUGCCUCUUCUUUGUACUUGCAUUUUACACAUUUUUAUCUAUUCUACACUUAAGGUCUCUUAUAUCAAGUCGGCCUUUUAUGUCCACAAUUAAUAUGUUUUUAUGUAUACUUGGAGCAUCAAGAGCAGCAUGCCUCUUCAUAGAUCCAUAUAAUUUUAAAAAUAUUAUGCCCAAAAUUAUUGGUUCCAUUAUUUGGGAUGUUGGAUUUCCAUGUGUAACAUCUGCCUUUAGUCUCAUACAACUGGCUUUUCUGCAAUUAACUCAGCUUAAAUUUGGACCAGAGAAGAUUCAGAAAGAAUCUUGUCUCAGUUUAAUCAUAACAGGACACUUUUUUUUUGUAAUUGCUAGUGACGUUGCUCUUACCUCCCAUAAUUGUUAUAUAGCAAAAUAUGUGGUCCAAACAGUGUUCCUUAUCUGGAGUAUUUUAUUGUACUUAACAUUUCUACAUGCAGGAUAUAAGAUAAUUCAUUUACUGCAAUCUGUGCCAAGUAGUAUGUUAAUGAGAGACAAUUCUAAUACACAUCAAAAAGGUAUUAUGCAACUGGCAAUGUUAGCUCCUUAUAAUAACUUGGCAUCAUCUGUUGCCACUGCCUUAGUACCUACUUUGCUCAAUCCCAAAAUUAAGGAUGCUGAAAUAACAGAACCUGCAACCCUUACAAAUGAUUUGGACAAAAAUCCUAAAGAUCAACCUAUGAAAAUAACAGAAAAAGAGGAGCAGGUUCAAAAAGAAUGUGACAAAUCACCUUGUAAAAGUAUGCCAUCCCAAGAUGACAAAACAAUUCCCAAGUCGACUGUACCAGAAGUAUAUGUUAGACCCCCGACACCUACGCCAUCAGCGACAAAUUUACCUAUAAUAACAGUAUCUAGUCCAAGCCGUAGAAGUUCAGUAGCUAGUAGACGAAACAGUGAUGCGUCUAGAUCCUCUCGUAGAAAUUCAGAGUGUAGUGUUAGAUUUAUAAAUGAAGAGGAUGGUUUCACAUCGGAAUGUCGACGCAAUUCUGACUUUAGUCCUAAACAUUCACCCGAGAUUGAUAGAAGACGAUCUCCGGACAAGAUGUCUCGAAGAUAUUCAGAAAAUGUGACACCUUUAGGAAAUAUUAGAGAUUUAAGACGAUGUUCUGAUUUUUCACAUGAAAAGAAUAGAAGUUCUCAAUUUGCUGCUAAAUUAAAAAGGAAUAGCGAUUUUGGGAAUAGAACACCUAGGCGAAUGUUACCUCCGACCGAUCUUCAUAAAUUGCCAAAAGUCGUGGACCUAAGUCCUACAGGUUCAAGACGUAAUUCUGAUGUUAGCGGUUUUACUCCCCGAACUGAGAUACGUAGAAAUUCAGAUAUUUCCUUUCGACGUAAUUCGGAAUUUGUUCAAGUCAAACCACUGGAUUUAAAUCGCCGAAGUAGUGAUAUUAGUAUUAGAAGUUUGAGCAGAAGUCCAACUCACGGUCGUAGCAUAGUUCCUGAAAAAAUAGAGAUACAAGAAAAAUCUGAAUCUGAUUCGGAUCAACCAGAUUGUAGUGAAAAAGCAGCUCUAAUGACAGAAAAAAGUAAAGAUAAAGAUGAUGAUGGAAAAUUACGGAAGAAAAAUUUAUCUUGGAAAAAUGAAAAGGAGAAAGAAGAUGUUGAAGAUAUAACGGUCGAAACUAAUUUGCUUCCCGAAAAUACUAAAGUCGAUGGGAAAGUUGGGAAUAGCGAUUUUACGCUUCAUUCAAUAUUAAAUCAUAUUGCGUAUGUCAAUAGAACUAAAUCCGAUACGCCUUUACAUAUGUUGGAAGAAAAUACAGCGGCAGUUAGGAGAUCGCAAAUUCGAAAAGUAUUAAAUGUAACAUAUGCAACUGCGGUUUUAGGAAUCAUUUUAUGCAUUACAGAUGUAGCACGUAUUUUUGGGCCAUACGGUCUCUUAGCCGAGACUACAAAACAUGGUAUGCAACUAAUCGUCACACAAUAUCCCAGACCAUGGCCGUGGUUUAUAUAUCAAACUUUGUGCAGAGGUUUGGAACUAAUCAUGGGUUGGGCAAUGGCGAGUAUUACAAAACAACCAUCAGUAAGCCCACGACAUCAAUAUCUAGGCAGUUAUCCUAAUUAUAACAUACAUGUGAAAAGAGGUAAUAAUCCUUAUAUAUAAAGCAAUAUACUGUCAAGUUGAGAAUUAUAGAAUUGAAAUGCCAAAAUGAAUAUUUUUAAAACAUUAUAUUUUAUUUGAGUUUAUAUUCUAAAUCUUAUAGAAAUAUAUUUACAGUUUUACAAUUAUUCAAAAUUCAAAUAAGGAAAUCUUAUUUGUUCAUAAUAUUAUAAUGAAGAAGAAAAGAACAAAUAAUCACAAAAAUAUAAUAUAAAUUUAAAUGUAAUUAAUCGCAAAAGCAAAAAGAGAUAAAAGACAGUUAAAAUAUUCUUUAAAUGAAUAUAGCAAUAGAUCAGUAUGUUGUCUCAAACAUGAAUGUGUGUUCUAAUAACUUAUAUAUAAAAGUACAUAUACUAUAUUUCUAAAGAGAAAUUUUACACAGGAAAUAUUCUUCUAAAGAAUAUAUCUUGAUUGAAAAAUGUUUCUAUUUUUCAGAUUAGAUUAGUUUUUAAACACAUUAUUUUGAUAAUGUUUCAGUUCCUUUUAUUUUAAUCGUAAGCAAAAUAUUUUACAAUUUAAUGGAAUAAUGAAUCUCUAGAAAAGAGCUACUGCUUCCUAAAAGAAAUACCUGAUAUCUGUAUAUAAAAAAAUAUUGUAUUAGUAGACAAAUCACUCAUAAAUAAGAAGAUUUUAUUCUACAUCUAUUGCACCAAUUGAUAAUUAAUAGUAAUAACAAUUCAAGUUUAAAGUGCCCUACUAUUGAAUGUUUAACAAAAACUCUUUGUAACUGAUAUAUAAUCAAUCUAUCUGCAAAUGCAAAUCGUAACAGUGUUGUGAUCCUACAUGUGAUAUACAAUCGUGUCUAGAAUAGGAGGCCAUUUUACGCUUAUGUAAGUGUCAUAUAACAAUGUAACAAACUACUUAUGAGAUAAGAGACUGGUAAAUUUUGUUACUUAUUAUUUAGUAUUUUAUUUAAAAAAAAUCUUUUGCAAGCUUUUGCAAAAAUGUUAAGUUUUCUUGAAUUAAAUAAUUUUCAUAACCAAGGUUUUGUAAGUAAUAACAGGCAUUACUUGAUAGUACAACCAUACUAUGAAAUUAUAACAAUAUUAUAUUAACAUAUUUUUAUAUUCUUAAUAACACUAAUUGUCAUGAAAUAUUGAAAUUAUUAAUCAAGAAUAUGUGACUCGAUCAUCUCAAUGAAAAUAAUGCGUGUAUGUGUGCGUGUUUUGCGUGCAUGCGUGCGCGUGCGUGGAAGAAAAAGAGAAUGGAUAGAGAGAAAAUAAUUUAUAUAUGGAUUUUGAUAUGUGAUAUAUUAGCUCAAAACUUUUGUGUUAUAUAAUGCAAUAAUUAUUCUUUCUAUUUUGUUUAUAUUAUUAAAAUCUAGAUUCGAGGAAUCAAAUAUAUUUAAAUUAUUAAUAGCACAUUAUUAUAAAGUAUGAAAUAUAAAGUAUUACGAAAUAUGGAGCAAAAUAGAUAAUUAUACUUACACAAGCAUGAAAGGUCUCACUAUUUGUUUAGAAAAAUCAUAUUAGGUAAAUGUUCAAUGUGCCAAAUCUUAUGUUAACGAUAUUAAAUGUUUAUAAAGAUUGACUCAUAUAAAUUAGUCUUUUAAAAUUAUUGGUAUAAAUCGAUAUUUAUAUACUAUUCAGUGUACGUACAAUAAUGAAUAACAUUUUAACUGUACUGAUGAAUGCUGUUCAAAAUGAUAGUACAUAAUAAACCGCUAUUUUUAUCGA